AUGUCUGAAAAGGGGGGACCCGACUGCGAGUUCUGCAACACCUCCACUCUCUGUCUGGACGUCUCUCCUUCUAUCUCUCUCAAUCUCUCUCAAUCUCUCUCAAUCUCUCUCAAUCUCUCUCAAUCCCUCUCAAUCUCUCUCAAUCCCUCUCAAUCUCACUCUAAAUCUCUAAAUCUCUCUUUCAAUCUCUCAAUCUCUCUCAAUCCCUCUCAAUCUCUCUCAAUCUCUCUUUCAAUCUCUCAAUCUCUCUCAAUCUCUCUCAAUCUCUCUCAAUCUCUCUCAAUCUCUCUCAAUCUCUUUCAAUCUCUUUCGAUCCCUCGACUCUCAUCCUUCUGGAGUGACAAGACGCCGUGA